AUUUACUCAUUUCAAAUAACGCCAAUUAAUCUCCCAUUUCCAAUUUAAAAACCACCGGUACCAAAUUGUAUUGCAACCGAUAACUUCCAUGGCAAGUCAACCUCAUUUUGUGCUAUUCCCGCUCAUGGCACAAGGUCACAUGAUCCCGGUCAUUGAUAUGGCUAGAUUGAUCGCCGAGAGAGGUGUGAUUGUAAGCCUGAUAACAACUCAGUAUAACGCGUCGAGAUUUGAAAGAAUCAUACAAAGAGCGAUUAAAGAAUCGAGCCUUCCGAUUCGUCUUGUGCAAAUUCCAUUUCCUUGUCAAGAAGUAGGUCUUCCUGUUGGCUAUGAGAAUCUUGAUAUUCUUCCUUCAAGAAACUUGCUAAAGAAAUUCUAUAAUGCACUUGAAAAGCUACAACAACCGUUAGAAUCCGUUCUUGAACAUGCGAAUCCUCCUCCGAGUUGUAUAAUUUCAGAUAAGUGUCUUUCUUGGACAUCAAGAAUCGCUCAAAAAUUCAAUAUUCCUCGAAUCGUGUUUCAUGGGAUGUGUUGUUUCUCUCUCUUGAGCGCUCUUAAUGUACGUUAUAGUCAAGUUCAUACUUCGGUCUCGUCUGAUUCGGAACCAUUUGUAGUUCCGAAUAUGCCUCAGAGCUUUCAGGUGACACGGUGUCAGCUACCGGGAUCAUUUGUUAGCUUACCGGAUUUAGAUGAUGUUCGAAACAAGAUGCAAGAUGCCGAAUCAGCAUCCUUUGGAGUCGUGGUAAAUAGCUUCAAUGAGCUUGAAAAUGGUUGUGCCGAGGCAUACGAGAAUUCGAUAAAGAAGAAAGUAUGGUGCAUUGGACCGGUUUCUUUAUGCAAUAAGGAGAGUUUAGACAAGUUUGAAAGAGGAAACAUAGCUUCAAUUGAUGAGAAACAAUGCUUAGAAUGGCUUGAUUCGAAGAAACCUAGGUCGGUAAUUUACGCUUGUCUUGGUAGUUUAUGUAGACUAGAACCGACACAACUCAUAGAAUUAGGAUUAGGGCUAGAAGCAUCAGGAAAACCUUUUAUAUGGGUAGCGAAAACGGGUGAGAAAACAUCCGAAUUAGAGGAUUGGUUCGCCACGGAGAAAUUCGAAGAAAGGAUCAAAGGAAGAGGGCUAGUGAUCAAAGGUUGGGCUCCUCAAGUUCUUAUACUAUCACAUCCGGCAAUUGGAGGAUUUCUAACGCAUUGCGGUUGGAAUUCAACUAUAGAAGGCGUAUGCGCCGGAGUUCCAAUGAUAACAUGGCCGCUUUUCGCGGAACAAUUCUUCAAUGAGAAGUUAAUAGUGGAGAUUUUGAAGAUUGGUGUUAGGGUUGGUGUUGAAGUUCCUGUAAGGUGGGGAGAGGAAGAGAAAGUUGGAGUGUUGGUGAAGAAAGAAGAGGUGGAGAAAGCUGUUAAGAUGUUAAUGGAUGGAGGAGAAGAACAAGGGGAACAAAGAAGGAAGAAAGCUUGUGAACUUGGAGUUAUGGCAAGAAAUGCUAUGGAACUUGGUGGAUCUUCUCACUAUAAUUUGUCACUUUUGAUCCAAGAUGUUGUAAAUGAAGCAGAAAAUCUCAAGAAAAUGAUGAGGAGAUUUUAGAUUUCUUAUAUGUUAGAUUUACCAAGUUGAAGAUUUAUUGUUAUGAAUGAAUUAAUUGCAUGGUGAUGUAAUCUAAAAUGAAUUAGUGUGUAAUCAAGAAAUAUAGUUUUGCAAAUAAUUUUUGGUCUUGUAUAAUUUACAACUAUGCACAA